UUCCACUCCGUCAACCUCGUAGACACCGUGUACCAGGAGGAAAAAUUAACCUUCUUCAACAGUCUGAAAAAAAUGAGAAUGAUAAAUGAGAAGCUAAUGAAUGAGAUCUCAAAUCAACCAAAUGAUACGGAGAUGGUGCUGAACAAUGAUGCAGAGAUAAUUGCACUGGAAUUUGGAGAAAUUUUCAAAACUCUGGAAAUGAAGAAAUGGCAAAUGCUAGAAGAUGUUGAAAGUGAAAGAAUUAAAAAAGAGAAAGAAUUUCAGAUUUGGAAGAAAAUGAAGGAAACUCACAAGAAGACCACUGAGAAUUUUUUGAAGGACUGUGACAAACUUGUCCAUGAGCGUGAUCCUCAGCGUUUCCUGGAGGUGGCCUGUGGCUUGAAUGCAAGAAUGAAAACUCAGCUUGACCUUAUGAACAUAGCAUCCAGCUAUGAAAAACCACCAGAGUAUAUUCAAAAGAGGAUGGAUAUCAAACCUGUGGUUAAUGAAAUCUUGGCUUUGAAGUUAAUGCCUGUUAACACAGGCAUUGCUAAAGAUGUGCCUUCUGGAAUAAACGAGAACUCAACAAAAAAUACUCUGUUUAAAAAUAACAUAAAGCAAUGGCAAGACCAGAAGGAUGUACCCAGCUCAUUUCUUCCUGUAGCAGGACAGGAGGAAGCACUAGCAGACGGUAGCAGGAUCUGUACUCGCUUAAUGUCAAUAUCAGAAAUGUCAGCAUUUCAAAACAUGAGUCAUGAGGAGUUGCGUUACAAAUACUAUGUGGAACGUCAGAAGCUUACCAGUGAGUUCAAGACACAAACUUUACCUGCAAAUAAAACAUGUAAUUUUGUAACGGCUGAUGCUUUUAAGGAUAGGUCCUCAGGAACUCCCUUUGUAUCUUCACCUACCAGAGUAAAUAACGCAGAUAAAGUAAAAAUGGGAACCCUGCAGAGAGCAGAUGGCUUUGAGGGAAGCUUUUCUGGAACAAGUAGUCACAGCAUCCCAUCCACAAAUAUGUACUUCUCUGAAACAAAUGGUGACUUAAAAUUUUUUCAUGAGAGAAGUUCCCAGGAAGUAACCACUCCAGCCUUAUCAGACCACUCUACCUCUGAUUCACUGACUUCCUCCAUGUGUUGGUCUGGAAGUGCUACUGAAAAAAUGGAAAAAGAGAAGGUGAAAUCUCCUGAGAAAACAGCUCUAAAUCUAGGGAAGCCUGAAUCUACAGAGUGUGCAGAGCUUGCUUCUAGACAUAGUCAUCCAAAAUGGGAAGGUUCAUUCUUGCCCAUGAACUCCUCUAAGAAAACUGAAAGUGCAGAAAUGCUUGCUGAUAGUGACUCGUCUUGUAGUCAGCCUUUCUGUUCAGUUGUCCUUCCUCUCAAAUACGAGAAUGCACCUUCUGCUCCAUUUAUUACAGCAACAAAACAAGAAAUAAAGGUGAAAGAUGAAGAGAAUGAAACUGUUGCAGAAAACAACUCUUCCUGUCCUGGCAGGGAAGACGAACCUGUGUCUGUUCAGCUUCCGAAUGCAGCUUGUUCAGUUCCUGGCACAUGCAAUGAUCCAUCUUUAGGAGCUUGUUCUGUGCUUGCAGUAAAUGAGGCAGGAGGAAUGCCAAGGGACAGCAAUUCUGACACUGAAGAGCAAAGUCAAACAUCUGCCUCUGUUGAUACCAGCACUGCAUCGGAGUAUUUUUCUGUUGCCAAAGACAAAAUACCUACUAGAAGACAAUCGGAGUCAUGA